GUAAUCACAUUGAAUAAAAAAAAAAUGCUUAGCUUCGCACUUCGCAUAAACCUCAAAAUCAGUGCCAGACGCAGUCAUAAUUUGUGUUCGUUUGAAUUGGUGUUUUAGUUAAAUUGUAUAUAUAUAAUGCUGGUGAUAACUUCCCAAGGAAAAACGAUAAGGUAGUACAACGCAAAAACGAUUUACGAUGUCUGGAGACGUUCUAAAUUCGGAAUGCGUGGAGCGCAUUAGUAUGAAAGAUGUCGAGGAUCUUUUGGAUUAUUUUUCAAAAAAUGGUUAUAAAUCGAAUAGUACGGAUGCUGUUCCCAUAGCUUGUAUGUCAAACACCAUUGGAUUAAUGAAACUAGAUUAUACUUUAUUUACUAUUAAAAAUAGUAAUCCAGAGCUGUGCAAUCAUUAUCCAAGCGAAUUAAUAUUCUUGGAGUCUCCGAAAAACGAUAAUCCGACUAUAUACGAAAAUUUGUAUAAUAGUGAACAAUUAAAAAGUUUAAUAACUAAUUCUAGAUAUGCAAGGUGCCGCGCUCGUUUUCCAAUGCCUGUGAUAAUGUAUAAAGGUAAAUAUCUAUUAAGAUCGUCGACUCUAGCUGGUCCUCUAGAGUUAAACGCUAGACAUAUUUACGACACAAUAAAAAGUGUGUUUGGCUACGAAGUAAAACACAUAACAGAUAUGGAUAUAUAUCGUUUAAGAAGUUUAGAUGUCGAAUUAUUAGAAAGUUACAAUGUUAUGAAUAUAGUUGAUUUGAUGGUUGAGAAGAAAAAAAUCAAGUACAAUGUAAGUGUGACGUCAUCGGAGAAGGUUACGGAAGAAUACGGACAUUACGGACACUUUAAUUUACUUUCCCUACCUUACCCCGGCUGUGAAUUUUUUUCGGAGUUUCGUUUAAAUAAUUACGAGGCCGAAGACUUACAAUUUGAUUGGGAGCAACCGUUUAUUGACGCAGAAUUAGUUCCUCCUCAGCAAGAUGGUCCCUUAGCUCAGCUCAACAUACGUUGGGAAAACUAUCGGAAAUGGAAUUUAGUUGAAAUGACUCAAAAUUAUUUAAAAGUUCUUCUUAAAUAUAUGCAUGAAAGAAAAGACAGCACCCUCAUCCAUUGUAUAAGCGGAUGGGAUCGCACACCCAUGUUUGUCUCUUUAGUACGAAUAAGCAUGUGGGCUGACGGCGUAAUACAUCACUCAUUAUCACCUUUAGAAAUGCUCUAUUUAACCGUUGCUUAUGAUUGGUUUUUAUUCGGACACGAUCUACCAAAUCGUAGAAGCAAAAACGAAGAAAUUUUUUAUUUUUGCUUUUAUAUGUUGAAACAUAUUGAAGAUGAGGAAUUCUGUAUAAACCCCAAUUACAUAAAAAAUAAGCAAUUGUUGAAUCGGGCAAGUGAUCACGCAGAGAACAAAGAAAAAUUUGACACUGUAGAUUCAAAAGAUCAACUUGGUUCUAGCCUUAGUUUAAAUUCAAAUGCAUCAUCUGUUAGCGUUCGAUCCCAAGAACGUAAUGCUUCUCCAAACGAAUCGUUAUCCGAUGAUUUUGAACAUUUAUCUGUACCAGAUGUUUGCAAAGAAGAAAAUAGAUUUCAAACUCGUGGAACAUCACCUGUAAAUAUGCCCGCUAUUAAACGAACUCGUACGGAUUCGAUGUCAUCGACAAAUUCAGGAACUUGGGCUAUAAUAUCGGGAACUGGGAGCUUACGUAGUUCAGAUUUAAAUAGUGAAAAAAGUUGGUCAACUGAGCAUUGUCGAAACGUUGGUGAAGAAUUCAAGCUAGAAACGCGCGUUAGAAAGUUGCGGGAGUUAAGAAGACUGAUGCAAAACGCGUACGGAAAGACGAUCGGUUUAAAGUUCGUCAAUUAAAAUUAAAAAAAUAGGUCGGCCUCCGCUAUUUUUCACUGUACUACUAGACUGUUGCGACUACCUGUCAUUUGUGUUCAUCCCUGCCUUAAUCGAAAGGGACCCACGCUAUUGAAUGUGAUUAAUAACUGUUAGAAUUUGUUACCGCGUUCGUAUAUAAUGGCGUUUAUUAUUUUGUUUUUAUUUUAAUAAUAAAAAUUGACCGCAGUGCUUCCGCGACAUGUCUACUAAUAAUAUAAAAUUUCGUUGAAAUGUUACAUUUUCUGCGCAUGCAGAACAUAAUAGCCCUUUAACGCACUUCCAUGUUAUCAGUUAAAAAAGUAUAUUAAUAUAUUACGUGUGCGUUACAGGGUUAAAUAUUUUUUUUGGGAAGUUUUUUUAACUCGUUAUCGUUUUUUUUUUUGUUGAUACCUCAGUUAGGUGCCUAGAUAUUGCCUCUCAAAUACUGAAUUUCAUUUGUAAUGUUUUCUAUACUUGUUCACAUCCCUAGGAGCUAAUGAACGUAAAUAUAUUUUUUUAAAAUUUA